AGUAAUGGUUUUAUUGCAACCUUUUGUAAUUGCUUACAUUGUUCCAACAAAUUGUUAGCUAAGUCAAAAUGGGUUUUGUAAUUAAUGACUUCAGUGUGUCACCCUUGGAGCUGCAAACUUUUUUUGUGUCUUUAAGGUUAUUUAUGAUUGACAAUUAUAUUUGAUUCAUCUUUCUGGUCAAUCUUCAAAGGGAAUCAGCGUCCACACUUCCAGUUCUUCUGGGGAUAUCAAAAAAGCUUCUGGAAAAAGAGAAAACAACUCUGAGGUCAAAGUUAGUGUUAAUGCAGGACAAUAUUUACAAAUGAGUGAAGAUUAAUGUAUGUUUAUUAUUUAUUAACUUCAAGUCAGAAUAGAUAUUGCAAUCUGUUACCUCACUUAGUUGCUACUGUUUAUCUGUUGCUUUUAAUAAACUCGUUCUGUAGUUUUUAGCCUCAGCAAUGGUUUGAUAAUCCGAGAAGUGAAAGGGCUGAUUCAAUAUCCUAAAUUUAGUAACUAGUAUUUCUGUUCAGCAUCAGGCAAUGCUACAUUGCCAUAUAUUUCACACAUAAUGUCAUUGCAGUUUAUAGGGAGCAAGGGCUUCCUUGCAGAACUGUCCUUUGGUGCUGAGUGAAAGAUAAAUAUCUGGUAAAGGCUGAAAAUGGAAUAGUUUUGACUCUGUAUGUGUGAUGACAAUUUACUGCCCAUUGAUUGUGUGCUUAAUAAAGUUGUAAAUACAUUAUUUAGAUACUUCUUUCUUUUCUCUCUCUGCUUGAGGAAUAGUUUGGGUUAGGCUGCUCUAGGAUAUCAUCAUACACUUUCUGGAGAGAAUGUCACGGAAAAGAGUUACUUUCAUCAAAUAAAAUCAGAUUGGGGACUGCAGAUUGGAGCAGUGGUGGGCUAGGUGAAGAUAAUUAGAAUCAGGCAUUAGAAAAUAAGUGUUUCAAUAUCUGUGUUGUUUUAAGAAAGAACCACUUCAUGCUCAGACUCUAUUCCUCCCCUUGGGGAUUGAGGCAUGUUGAAGCAGCAUGGAAGAUGUGUUAUCUUUGGCUCAGCUAGCAAAGUAGCUGACAAUUAAUUACUUCAGAUUCAAAGACAAGGAAGUUACCAUUGAACAAUGGAUGACACAUUAGUUUCAUUCUAUUUUGACUGUCAGUUUCUAUUGCUGUGGAGGGUGUUGCAUUUUCCAGUACUUUGCCCCAGCUUCACUGUUUGCUGCUGCAAUUGAACUUUGUUGUGCAUACAAUAAUCUUCACUAAUUUGUAAAUAUUGGCCUGCUUUAACAUAAACUUUGACCUCAGAGAUGUUUUUUACUUUUUCCAGAGGCUUUUUUGAUAUCUCCCGAAGAAUUGGAAGUGUGAAAGUGCUGAGGGUGGUAAUUUCUCUGAAGUUCCCUAAGUACUCUGUGUAUUAGGUAUGAAAGAUGGCAUCAGCUCAAAGCACUAUAACAUUUUCCUAGUUCUGUCGAAGGGUCAUGAGGACUCGAAACGUCAACUCUUUUCUUCUCCGCCGAUGCUGCCAGACCUGCUGAGUUUUUCCAGGUAAUUCUGUUUUUGUUUUAUAACAUUUUCACUGGUGUUGGCAAGAGUUUAGAUCAUCACUGAUGGUGCUUGUACAACCAUCAGCAGUGUUUCAAUAGGAACAGAAAGAGCUUCCGUUCAAUGAAAGUUCAGUUAGUUUGUGCGCAGAAAGGUAAUGAAAGUAAAUGCAUGUUUUCAAGGAAGCAAUCAAAAUGUCUUCAUUGUCCAUGGUGCCUGUGCUACUUAAAAGAUCAGAUUGACUGUCACAGGAGGAUAUUGCUGAUGACCUCAUUAAGAAAGCAUUGAAAAGCAGCAAAAUGCAGCUACAAUUGAGCGAGGGGUUGUGGCAACCCAGGAGAGAUUAUGAAUGGAUAUGAAACAUCAGAUACUACUUUGGGAAAUAAAGUUACAUUUCAUUGUGAUGAAGGGUACAAACUGGUUGGUAGUGACUACCAGAUAUGCACAUACACCGGUUGGAGUGGUGUGGUCCCAACAUAUAAAAAAGCAUUUCCUCCAGUCAAUUUUUUUAAAGAAAUAAUUGCGAUUGGACAUCAAAUCACUGUCAAGGAAGAAAAUGUGAUCAAGGCAAAAUACCAGCUUCUUGAAAGUGAACGUGAAAUCCUUAGAUUGAAGGAAAAUCUGAUUGAAAAAGCAGAGCAGUAUGCUGAUGAAAACGAAUAAUCUUUAGAAGUCCUUCAAGUUACUUUUCAUAACUACAAAUUAAAUUUAACUAAUAUCAGUUUCAAUAAAUAACUUAACAACAUUGUGUGUAUCAACAUCUUAAUCACUGUAAAGAAAAUCCAAUUGAAAGUUCAUGAAUUUAACCUGUUCAAAAUUGAUUACAGUGCUACGUUAGGAUUGCUGUAAUUCAAAAUAUUUGGAUUUCUCUAUAUGAGCUGAGUAGAAUAGUUGGGACGAAUUUAAUAAAAAUGCAGAAUGCACAUGGAAAUAUUUUUGCUUGUUUACUAAUAAAGCUUUGAAAAAGUU